AGUGCCAAGACAAGGACUUGAAUGCAAAAACAGAAUAAAAUAACGUGCCAAUUGCAGUAAUGGUGUUGAGUUGACAGCCCCAACAGAAGAUAACAGACGUGAAGAGAUGUCAUGUCAUAUAAGCAAUGAAAUGAAAAUAAAAUAAUAAUAAAAAUAAAAAUAAAAAACCCUCUUUGACCGUUUCUUUUCCUACCAUCAAAAUCCCCCAAAUACCAUACCAAACCAAAACCAUAACGGUAACAACCACCACUGACCACCCUUACCCCCUUCUUUUUCUCUCUUCCUCUUCCUCCUACUAAUUCCUUUCACCCAAAAAACCAAACCCAAAACCAAAAACAAAAACAAAAACAACAAAAAUAAAAACAAAAACAUGUUUCCCUCACAUUGCACCCAAAAAAAAUAAAAAAAUAAAAAUGGAACGUAGAAAAACGCUUACCAUGAACUGGGACGGUCUGGGCGACAAUGACGACGAUGAUCAAUUCUUCGAGUCCUACAACCGCCUCUCCUUCUCCUCUGCCGUUUCCAUCAACCUCACCGCCGCAUGCUGCAGCUCCUCCUCCGACGAGGAAGAUGACGAUUUCGAAAGCAGCCGUAUGUCAUUCGCCUCCGCCGUCUCCUCCCUCCGCUCCACCAAACUCAGCCACUUUGACUCCCCUUCCUCCUCCUCCUUCAUAAAUUCGCCGCCCAAUUAUGAUGUCUGGAUGUCAACACCAGGUUCCAUCAAUGAACGUCGGAAACGCCUCCUCCAAGGCAUGGGCUUAGCCGCCACCGCCACCGCCACCAUCACCACCACCACCCCCAACAACAACAGCGACAGCAAAACCCUCAGCUUUAGUCACGUGGUUUCCAAUAAAAAAGUCGACACAAACGAUCACGAUCAUGUUUCUUCUCCGAAAAAAGAACCACCCAAACCACAACAUAAACAAGAACAAGAACAAGAACAAGAAGAAGACAAUGUUGUUUCUACGACGCUUCCACAUUCGCCUUCUCAAUGUCCAAUCGUCCUCGUACGCUCGCGCUCAGAGGGAGACAUUCAAAGCGAUUCGUUUUCGCUAUCCACGCGUAGGAAAGAGGAGCUAAUUGGUACAAUAUCGAGGCAACGUCUCACGAGAACGUACUCCAUGAUAUUAGCCCAACAUGCUCGGAUAUGUACCUAUACGGAUUCAAUCUCUCCUAACGAAGCUCGAUCCAGACUGGGACGGAGGCGAUCGAUACGACACAGCAGCGCGUUGUCGUCGGAAUUGUCUUCGAAGGGAAGGUUGGGGGCUUUCUUUCUGAUCAAGAGUUUGGAUACAGGGAAGGAGUUUGUAGUGAGUGAAUAUGGUGAAGAUGGGAUGUGGAAUAGGUUGAGUGAUCUUCAAACUGGGAAGAAGAUGACUAUGGAAGAGUUCGAGAAAUGUGUUGGGUAUUCGCCGGUUGUUAAGGAGCUAAUGCGUCGAGAAAAUGUGUCCAGGAGGAACGAGAUCAUCGAUAGGAAAGUGAGUGCAAAUUCUUAUUUUUCCAGGAGUUUGAGGAUGAGCAAGAAAGGAGGUGCCGCUUUGUUGAAGAAUGUGAAAGGUUUGGCCAAUUCGAUGAGUGGACUAAUGGGUGAAAAGGAGAGAGAGCUUUCGCAGGUUUCUUCACCUGUUGUAGAGCAGAAACCGAUCAAGAAUUCAUCGUCGUCGGAAUGGACAAAAGUCCGGCAGAGCGGGAAGUCGUUUAAGGAGUUAUCUGCUUUGCAUUUGUGUCAAGAAAUUCAGGGUCAUGAAGGGUCGAUUUGGUGCAUUAAGUUCAGUCAAGAUGGGCGGUUUCUUGCAAGUGCAGGGGAAGACAGAGUAAUUCAUGUGUGGGAAGUGCAGGAAUGUGAGGUCAUGUCAUUGAGGUCAGGGGAGGAAGGGAGUAUGAGUCCUAAUAUAUCACCUUUCCAACUGUCGUUGUGCGCUUCCAGUUCUCUGGAUAGACCUGGGAUUGGAGAGGUCACGCCAUUACCAUCAGAGAAGAAGAGACGAGGAAAGUCUAGUACAAGAAAAGGGAACUCAGCUCCAGACUAUGUUUAUGUUCCGGAAACUGUGUUCUCGUUCUUGGAAAAACCUGUCUGCUCCUUCCAAGGUCAUCUGGAUGAUGUUUUGGACCUGUCCUGGUCCAAAUCUCAGCUGUUGCUUUCAUCUUCAAUGGACAAAACUGUCAGGUUAUGGGACAUGGAAAGCAAGAGCUGUCUAAAGGUGUUUGCCCACAACGACUAUGUAACUUGCAUACAGUUCAAUCCUAUUGACGACAACCAUUUCAUCAGUGGCUCACUUGAUGCAAAGGUUCGAAUAUGGAACAUACCUGAACGGCACGUUGUGGACUGGAUUGACUUUCAUGAAAUGGUUACUGCAGCAUCUUACACCCCUGACGGCCAGGGUGCCAUCAUUGGUUCACACAAAGGAAUUAUUCGCAUGUACAGCACAGAAGAUUGUAAAUUAGAUCAAAUAUGCCAGAUUGAUAUUCAAACAAAGAAGAAAUCUCAAGCUAAAAAGAUUACUGGGUUCCAGUUUGCACCAGGAAAUCCAUCUCAAGUGCUUGUUACUUCAGCUGAUUCCCGGAUUAGAAUUUUGGAUGGUCCCGAUGUCACUCAAAAAUUCAAAGGUUUUCGAAAUACAAGCAGCCAAAUUUCAGCUUCUUUUAGUCAAGAUGGGAAAUAUAUCGUUACUGCAAGUGAAGAUUCUCAAGUUUAUGUUUGGAAGCAUGAAGAGCCCAGAAAUGCUGGGACAGGAAAACCCAAAAAUGUAGUCACCCAAUCACACGAGCACUUUCAGUGUAAGGAUGUUUCAGUAGCAAUCCCAUGGCCAGGUACCAUAAAGGGUGAACCACCAACCAUGUCAGUGCAAUCUAAAAGACAAUCCAAACGCCUUACUUCACAACUACCUUCUUCUGGAGGGUCACCGACCAAAGAAGACAACUCUGCAAGCAGUAAAAGACACUUGCCAUCUCUUCCAACACCUUCUGCUGGAGGAUCGCCAACCAAAGAAGAAAACUUUGUAAACAGUAAAAGACACUUGCCACCUCUUCCCAAGAAAAGCACUAAUGUUUCAGAGAGUGUUUCAAGUCCGCCAGAAGAAGAGCUUGCUUAUGUUUCUCGUACAGAUUCUGGGAUUGGCGAGUCAUUCACUUCACUUUCUGCCUUGUUUAGAUACGGUGAUUCACCUUCUAUUUCUGCUGCCAAUCCAUCAUCUUCAUCUUGGUCUUGGUUUGAUGCUGGUAAUAACCAUGCGACCCAUACCACCCAAGCAACAGCAUGGGGCUUAGUAAUUGUGACAGCAGGAUUGGGAGGUGAGAUCAGGGCUUACCAAAAUUUUGGGUUACCGCGUAGGAUUGGCCGCCAAACAAACAUUUUUGGAGGCCCUACAUGAGUGGAUUUCUAUUGGUAAAGAUAGAAGCAUUCCUUUUUUAUGGCAAAACUUCUGCGUUGCAACAUGAGAAUAUAAUUCUUGCAAGUGGGAGUUGCUCCAUUCCAGUGAAAUCAAACUGCAGGACUGGUAUUUAAUAUUCUAUAUGCCAAAAGUUCCUCACAAUAGUUUUUGUAAAUUAUAGCUGAUCCACUCCCACAUAAUUGAUGCCUACAUGUGUUUACUCCAAAUCAUAGGUGUUUUGAUUUUCUACAUAUCAUUGGAAGCCAUGAUCACAUGUAAUUGUAUGUCAUGUAACAUAUGGCAAUGAAUGAUAGUUCCUGAGUUCAAAUCCUACAUAAAUGCGUGUUAGUGUUCCAUCUUGAUGAAUAUCACAUACCUCACAAAAUAGACUCUAUUUUGGUCUCCUUGAUCAGUACUGUCAGAAGGGUGCAUGCAAAGGAGAUUCUGUGCCAGCAUCUGGCUGGUGUUUACACAUCAGAUCAGGUCCGCAUUAAAUAUUACACUAGGUUAGAUCAUUUUCUUAUGGUUUUGU